UGUAGUCUGUUACACUGACCUGUCUAGCAAUAAUAUGUAGUAUAAACGCGUGGAAGAGUCUAAAUGCGAUGAAAAGAAGUAAAUUUGGAUAAAUGUAGUUAUGAAGCGCAACUUUCUUACAUAUAAGCUAACGCCUUUUUUCUUUUUAUUUUUUACUUUUCUUUAUUUUUCUAGAUACAAGAUACAAAUUUUAUUUAAAGUCUUUCCUAUAGUUUUUUAUGGGAAUAUUAUGUCUCUGACGUUUUUGUAAAAUGUUUGAAUAACCUCAUCAAGUGGCUUUUAUGAUUACGAAAUAAAUAUACUUUCCCAAAGCCAAGAUUAUCUUUACGCCGCUGUUUAUUUGAAAACGCAACAAAGCAAUUUGAUUUAGUGGUUUUCAGCCUAUUUUCUCGACUCGGCAAAUCGAACGCGCCCAAGAAGGUCUCAGUAACUACAUGUAUCAAUACGGUAAAUUGUACAAAAUGCCAGCAUCGCCACUUGCAGGAAAAGUUUGUAUCGUAACUGGUGCUACACGAGGUAUAGGAAAAGGGAUAGCCCUCCAGCUCGCCCAGAAAGGUGCGAAAGUUUACAUUACUGGACGAACUCUUGAUCCACCAAAACAAUCCAAAGUUGGCGGAUCUUUACGUGAAACUGCACAUGAAAUAGAAACUCGUGGUGGAAUCUGUAUCCCAGUUAAAUGCGACCACUCAAAAGACAGUGACAUUGAACAAUUGUUUGAACAAGUGAAACGUGAAAAUGAAAAUCAGUUGGAUAUUCUAGUUAACAAUGCUUAUUCGGCAGUCAAUAGCCUGGCCAACAAUUAUAAAGUUAAGUUCUGGGAGUUGUCUCCGUUAGUAUGGGAUGAGGUUAAUAGAGUAGGGCUACGGAACCAUUAUAUUUGUUCCGUUUAUGCUUCCCGAAUGAUGGUUCCUAGAAAACAAGGGUUGAUCGUAAAUGUUUCUUCCGGCGGCGGACUCAGAUACAUGAUCGGUGCAGCUUACGGAAUUGGGAAAGAAGCUUGUGAUCAGAUGGCUGCCGACUGUGGAUUUGAGUUAAAGAAACAUAAUGUUGCGUUCGUUAGCUUAUGGCCGGGCGCCGUUGGAACUGAAAAUGUGUUGGUAAAUCUACGUGACAGUCUGAAGAAACCCAAAAUUGUUAAUGACUCGGUGUCAAUGAGAAGUCGCGAAAAAAUGUUAGAGUACUUUGAAAAAGGUGAAACUCCGGAAUUUGUAGGACAGUGCAUUGCGGCAAUGGCCGUGGAUGCACAGCUGAUGGAAAUGAGCGGUAAGAUUGUAAUGACUUGCGAUCUAGCUCGGAGAUAUAGUCUUCGAGACGCCGAAGGACAUACACCCACGGAAAUGCGUCAAAUCAACAAGCUUUUAGAUCAGUUCGGGCAUACAUGGCUUUCAUGGUGUAUUCCUAAUUUUGUUCGUGUACCAACAUGGCUUCUUUGUCUUGGUGGAAAUAAAUUCUUUUGAGUGAAACAUACCGUAGGACAUGAAAUCAUAAAGCUGGUGAUAAUAAUAAUACUAUACUUUAUUAUCAAAAUUACUCUAAAAGGCAAUUUUUCAGUAAAAAAGAGGUGUUUUAUUGAUAAUAUUUGAUAAAUAUGUUACUUACUUUCAGGUGUUAAGGUAAAUAAUAGCCUGUUAUUCAGUAAUAAAAGUGCUCAUAACAG